UGUGUGGGUUGUUUCUGUUGCCUUGGCUUUGGUGCGAGGGCGUCCACCGCACAGCCGAGGAGGUUGUUAGCUUUCGUCUCAGCAGUAUUCCAGAGCUCGCAUUCUUCUGUGAGACGCUCCCUUUCGGAUAGAUUCAAAGCGACAACAUCACUCCCCCCGUGUGGAUCCGCUCCCCCUUCCUGUAAAACAUGGAGUAUGGGGAUGCGCUGGCAAACGACGACGAUGACGACGUGUUGAUGGAUAGCGAUGACGACCAACAGUCGGACGGGAGCAACCGCGAGCUCAAGAGGCUCAAGAAGUCGACAACUGCCGGCGACAACUCUGACAACGGCAUGGACAGCGACCGCAGUAGGCACAAGAGCGGCAGGAGAGAACUAGAAGAAGACGUGGGCAGCAGCAGAUCGUCAGGGCGAAGGAGCGGCGAGGUCGGCCAUCGUAGGAACGCCGAGCACGGUGGUGGUGACGCCAACACCGAUAGCGGCGGCGGCUACUCCCGCCGUCACGCCGCAUCCCCGUCCUCCAGUGCCUCCGUCAACUAUAACAACAACGGUAGGAAAAAGGGAAUGGACUCGAGGGGAUCCUCCUCGUCCCGGUCCCGAUCCCCAUCGCGGUCCCGGUCUCGUUCGAACUCGCCUUCAGAUUGCCCGCCGCCUCCACCUCCGCGGCCGCCGCCGCCGCCACCUCCGUCCUCGUCCUCCCUCUUCGAUCGCCUUAAGGCCGACUGGGGUAGGGAAAGCUGGCAGGACUUCGAGCUCUUGCAGAACAAUGUGCCCGGGCCGGGAACCAAGGGGCAUGGAGGUCCAGGAGCCGUGGGCGGAAAAUCUGACAUGGGCGGGGAGCUUGAAGAGCACGAGUGCAAUUGCACGCCGGUCGGCGGAGACCCUAACGCCCCAACAUGCUACGACGACCAGUGCCACAACUACGCUACCAUGCAGGAGUGCAGGAAAGACCGGUGUAACCGUGGCUGCCGAAAUCAGCGCAUCCAGAAACGGGAGAACGCCCAGGUAGAGGUGUUCAAGGCCGAUGGCAAGGGGAUGGGCCUCAAGGUGAUCGAGCCGGUGUCCAAAGGACAGUUCAUCGCGGAGUACGUCGGGGAGAUCAUCACGAGAAAGGAGCUCAACAAGCGCAUGAUUUCAAGCGCAGGCACACGGAAGCUAUAUAUGAUGCAGCUCGGUGAUGACACGUACCUCGACGCCAAGAGGAAGGGAGGCAUCGCUCGGUUCGUGAAUCAUUCGUGUGAACCCACCUGCCGUCUGGAACAGUGGACGGCUAUGGGCCAGCCGCGCUGCGCGGUGUUCUCGCUGCGAGCCAUGAAGGCGGGAGAGGAGUUAUCGUUCGACUAUCAGUGGGAAGCGCACCAUCUCCGAGAAAACACCAAGUGUCUCUGUGGCUCGGCGCAAUGCAGGGGAACGAUCGAGGUGAUUAAUCCUCACGCAGACCCCAACGUGGAGUCUGGCGGAGGUCCGUUUGCCCGCGGUCGUGCCCCGGCUUCGGCGAUGGGAGUCUGGCGCACGCCUAAGAACGACGAGUACGCUACCCCGGAGGCGCUUGUUGGCCGAAAAGUGCGGGUGUACUUCGACGGGGACUGCACCUACUUCGAAGCACAGGUGAAACGGUACAAGCCAGACACCAAGACGCACAUGCUCCUCUAUGCGGGGGAAGGAGAGAGGGAGCUUGACGAAUUGGAGGAGGACCUCAUUGGCGUUCAAGGGAAGAUACAGGGUAUCGACAAGUGGCAGAUUUGGGAGCAAAGCGAUAGGGUGCUCAAAAUCAAGAAGAAGGAACAGGCUGGCGAUAUUUCCUUGGGGCCUGAGGGCUCCUCCUCUGGCUCCCGAAGGCAAUAUCCGACGAAUGGGAAUGGCCAACACACGUACGGCGGCUCGCAACAAGGUGGCGACGGGAGACACUUCGCCAGCCGUUUCGGACCAGUGCUGCCCCAAAUGCAGCAAAUGCCCCCCGGAAUGGGCAUGGGGAUGGGCAUGGGGCACGGAACGGGGAGUUUCUCUGGGAUGAUGGGGAUAGGGGGGCCGCCGAUGCCUCCGCGUGCCCCCCCUCCGCCUCCUCCGCCGCCACCGCCACCGCAGCCGGUUGGGCCGCGGGUUGCGGAGGAGUUCAUGGUGCCUUUGAAGGACACCCCACAGGUGUACGGCGGGUCUGAAUUAGUUGAACGGAUCAAGGCACGAACAGCGGUGUACCUCCUGGAGCUUGUCGACGAGGAGGAUGCGCGCGCCAAACAGUGCCCCGCCGGCCAGAGACUACUUCGGGUUGCCGGGGGGCGGGACCAGGUUAGUGCGGCGGUUGAUAUCCUCCGCGCCGAGGUGGUGUCGAUGCAAUCCUUCGAGGACUGGCUGGCCGGUAAGAGACACCGCGAGGCGCAGGAAGCGGCCGAGACCAGGGACCUAGAGGAUGCCGCUAAGGCGCAGGUCGACCGUCCAAGACUUCGCUCCUGUAUCGGCAGCGACUGGCACUGCUUCUCGAAGGAGGUGGUAGCGCAGAUAGCGGCGAACAAGGUCUUGGCAGAUCUUCGCCGCAAUGCUCUUCACGUCGUUCGGCAGGUGUCAGAGAGUGGCUCGGGGCCGGCUCAACUCGAGACCCCUUUCCUUUGCCUUGUAAAAACACGAUGGAAACAGGGCAUACUUCUUCACCGCUACCUGGCCGUGCUCUGCGUGUCCACGCCCGCGGAAGCCGCAAGCUCCGCCACGAAGAGCACGGCAACCUCCUCGGACACCGGCGGCGCCAAUGGCACCUAUGGCAGCGGCGGUAGCAGCAAGAGACGCCAAAGCGGCGGCAGCAGCAAGGGCACUAAGGACGGCAAAGACAUGACCCACGCAGCAAACGGUGGCGGCAGCACUGCCGCCACCAACGGGAUCAGCACCGCCACCACAGGCACCGCCGCCUCGGCGAGCGGAGGGCGGGCCCGCCUGGAGACAAACUUCUACGUUCUCGCGACGGCGUGCCUGCUGCUGGCGAACAAGUCCCUCCGCGCCCGUGUGGGCGUGGCGCGUCCCCGAAGAAGAGAGGAGCUCCUGAGGGCUGCCUACGGGGUGCAGUUCCGCGGGAGGGCGAUGGAGAAGGGGACGGCGGAGGUGGUGAAGUGGGAGGGCAAGCUGGCCGCGGCGGAGCUAGAAGUGAUGGUGGCGCUGGGGUUCGACUUGCACCUGGCGGAUCCGUUCGAGGCCCUCGACCAACAGCGCCGGCAGCAGUUGAUCACUCCCGAGUGCCAUGAGAAGACAAGAUCACUUGUGCUGGAAUCGGUCACCCAAGGGUGCUCCAUGUGGCUGCAGUUCGAGCCGGAUGUGGUAGCGUUGUCGACCUUGCUGCUUGCCAUCUGGAGUACUUCCAACCAGCAUGAUCUCCUUAUCAAGGCUCGGCAGUUCUCGGUGAAUGCUGGGGGCACGUGGCCGGCAGUGCUGGCGUGCACUCAGUCCCUUGCGAGGUCCCUACCGUCCCUGGGAGACAAGGUCGACGCCGGACCGGACGGUGUGGCCGCUACGCUGAGGCAGGUGCCGACCGUUGACCCAUCGCAGUACCCCGAGUUCGAGAGUCCGCUAAUGGCGGCGAAGGAACGGCUGACCCAGAGGCGGCGCGCGGAGGACGCUGUGGCUGAUAAGCAGGGCAUGAAGGGGCUGGCGGGAUUCGGAGCCACGCUGGCGUCCAACAAGUUCGAUACUCUCUGUUGUUCGUUUACGACCACGGUCCGCACGACCCAUUUUUUGCGACGCCAGACCCUCAAGGCCGCCGGGUUGAGUUGUCUCCUGCCUGCUCUAGACGCCUGGAAAGGGUCUACUGUGAAAGGACCGCUGCCGGGAGUAGACGAGGGACGGACCAUGGAGAUAUAUCUGCAGAGGUGGCCGGCGGAUAAGAAGGAGAUGGACAUGGCCAGCGGCUUCAGCUCCUCGGGAGUGGCUGAACUGGCGCUGUUUCAAGAGAUGCACUCCUACAGCACCAACACUACCGGACACAGCACCCUUCUCGUGCCCUUCGCGGUGGUGAAGGGAACAGGGCUCAAGCCACCGACUAAGAUCGGAGCACCAGGGUCUUCCAAGGCUUCGUCUGACCGGAACGCCGCCGGAAAGCUCGACAAAGGUGCUGCAGCCGCUGCCGAAGGUGUAUCCCUGGCGGCGGACGAGAGAACGACGGCCGUGAUAGGCAUGGACCCUCUGGGCAUCGACGGCGUGCCGAUGUCGAUGGGUUUGCAGCAAGGGGCCGACGCGGAUCCGGCUGCCAGCGGAGGUGGCGAGGGGGACGGGGAGAAGGCGGGCCCUUCGAAGGUGUAUCUCAACGUAUCAGGCUGCCUGAAGCUGGGAUGCUUGGCCCAGGCCAUGAUGGUGGCCCCCGAGGACGCAGCGACUACACCCAACGAUGGGAUGAAUGACAUGGAUGAAGACGUGGAAGGAGAGGUGGACAUGGAAGUUGAGGCAGGCGUGCCCGCGAUGAACAUGGGUGGUCAGCUUCUGGUCACACCGCAGAGCGCUGUGACGAAAGACGGCGAGCCGGCUAAGACCGUGCUAUGGGGCAUGGCUCCAGAGGUUGUCGUGGACCAGAAGCAUCCCCAUGGUCCGGCAACGGACAUCUGGGCAGUGGGGUGCCUCGCUGCGCAGCUUGCCCUGGGUAAGCCCAUAUUCGGUGGUCGCACGCGCAAGCAGCAACUAGAGUACGUCUUCAAGUGCUGUGGUUCUCCCGGCCAGGGCCGGUGGCCGGAGGGGAACAAAGCCCCGCUGUACCGGCACUUGCGGCCCGUGGACAAGGAGGGCAAGAGCCUACACUUCAAACCCCGCCUCGACAAGGUUCUUGCGGCGGAGGGGAACAAAGGCGUUCCCCUCGACCCAGCGCUGGCGGACUUGUUGCAAGGUCUCCUCAAGCUCGACUCGCGGCAUCGCUUGAGUGCGAGGGACGCCCUGGCGAGCCCUUACUUUGCGCCCAGGCAUGGGCAGCAUGACGAAAGGGCUCUGCCACCGAUCGAUUUCCUAUGGUGA